AUGGACAAUAGAUUUGCAAACUGGAAUGGAAGCAAUAUGUCAGAAGCAGCAAGAUCAGUAAUGAUCAGGAAUGUUUCUAAUGCAAUCCUAAUUCACCAUAUGACAAGCUUCAGACUUCCAGAUGUUACCAUUAAAAAGAUGAGCUCAAGUCAGCAAAAAUUCUGGAGAAAUAAGAAAACGUGUAAAGGAAAUCACAUCAUCACUUGGAGAAGAGUUCAAAAACCUAAAGAAGAAGGGGGAUUAGGCUUUCGAGAUAUGCACACUUUUAAUAGGGCCUUGCUUGCGAAAUCUUAUUGGAGACUCAGUUCUGACACGGAGUCUAUGAUGGCAAAAUCCCUGCAGGAGAAAUAUUUUCAAGAUGGAGAUCUUUUCAACCUAAAAAAUAAGACUAACACAACAUGGUCAUGGAGAAGCUUAAGUUCUGAAUUAUAUUUUGUACAAGCAAACAGCUGUUGGUGCCUUGGAGACGGAAAAAUGAUUCUAAUCUGGCAACACAGGUGGAUACAAGUUCUUCCUCAUCCUCCAGUACCAAGACAGGGAUCAACAACUCACUUGAAUUUUAAGUAUGUUUGUGAACUUUUUAACCAGAGUAAAAACUCAUGGAACCUGGACCUUCUGCAUGAACUCUUUGAUCUCAACACUGUAAAUCUCAUAUGGAAUACACAGAUUCACAUCAACUGCGAGGACAGAUUAAUCUGGUUGCUGAAAAAGAAUGGCAGAUUCUCUGUAAAAUCUGCUUACCGUAAACUCCAUGAAGAACAUAAUAACUCAGAAUCGAUUGAGCCAAGAAUGAUCAAAAUCUAA